GCUCGAAGGCGGAAGCUUGGUUGUUUUUGGUUGGAUCCGGCGCUUAGUACUCGGCAGCACGAUGGCGACUGAUUCCUGGGCCCUGGCCGUGGACGAGCAGGAGGCAGCAGCCGAUACGUUCAAUAAACUGGUGUUGAAGGACGAUACGGAUGAAGCCCCGAAGCCCGCGAGUAACGGCACGAAUGGGGCAUCUAAUGGUGAAACCACAGAGAAGCCCAACGGAGAUGGCAACGACAAAACAGAGGAUGAUAAAGAGGACAAAGCUGCCCAGUCCUUGCUCAACAAACUUAUUCGGAAUAAUCUGGUGAACACAACACACCAAGUGGAAGUUCUUCAGCGGGACCCGAACUCUCCUCUGUACUCCGUGAAAUCAUUUGAGGAACUGAGAUUGAAGCCGCAGCUCUUACAAGGAGUCUACGCCAUGGGUUUCAACCGGCCCUCCAAGAUCCAGGAGAAUGCCCUGCCAAUGAUGCUGGCUGAGCCACCCCAGAAUCUUAUUGCGCAGUCCCAGUCGGGAACUGGAAAAACGGCUGCGUUUGUUCUCGCUAUGCUCAGUAGAGUGAAUCCUGCAAACAAAUACCCGCAGUGUCUGUGUCUCUCGCCCACCUAUGAGCUCGCCCUGCAAACCGGAAAGGUCAUCGAGCAGAUGGGGAAAUUUCAUCCAGAGCUUAAACUGGCGUACGCCGUGCGAGGAAACAAACUGGAACGCGGGCAGAAGAUUGCGGAGCAGAUUGUGAUCGGUACACCAGGCACUGUUCUGGACUGGUGCUCUAAGCUAAGAUUCAUUGAUCCCAAGAAGAUAAAGGUGUUUGUGCUUGAUGAAGCGGACGUGAUGAUCGCCACUCAGGGACACCAAGAUCAGAGCAUCAGGAUCCAGAGAAUGCUGCCACGUGACUGUCAGAUGCUCCUGUUUUCUGCUACGUUUGAGGACUCUGUUUGGAAAUUUGCGCAGAAAGUUGUCCCUGAGCCUAACAUUAUCAAACUGAAGCGGGAAGAGGAGACCCUGGACACCAUCAAGCAGUACUAUGUGCUCUGUAACAACAAAGAGGAGAAGUUCCAGGCUCUCUGCAAUAUCUAUGGGGCAAUAACCAUUGCCCAGGCGAUGAUAUUCUGCCAUACCCGUAAGACGGCUUCAUGGCUUGCUGGUGAGCUGUCUAAAGAGGGGCAUCAGGUGGCCCUGCUAAGCGGAGAAAUGAUGGUAGAGCAGAGGGCGGCCGUCAUUGAGCGUUUUAGAGAAGCCAAGGAGAAGGUUCUUGUGACAACCAAUGUGUGCGCCAGAGGUAUUGAUGUAGAGCAGGUAUCUGUGGUGAUCAACUUUGACCUUCCCGUGGACAAAGACGGUAACCCAGAUAACGAGACGUAUCUGCAUAGAAUUGGCCGCACUGGACGAUUUGGCAAAAGAGGCUUGGCUAUCAACAUGGUGGACAGCAAAUACAGUAUGAAUGUCCUGACACGGAUCCAGCAGCACUUCAACAAAAAGAUUGAGAAGCUUGACACAGACGACCUCGACGAGCUGGAGAAAAUCGCCAAUUGAAAGCGGUCACCAAGUCUCCUCUGCUGCAUUCUUCACCAGUAUCUCCUUACCGGUGGUCUUUAACCACGGGGUCCCACAGCUGAAAAGUAACUAGGAAUUUCCUCGAUUCUCUGGGGACGGCGGAUUGGAUGAAGAAUUAAGAAACUUUUUAGACUAGCCUUAACUGAAGUAUUUGUAAAACGCUGAACUUUAAAGCUUGCACCCUCUGAUGGGGAGGAGCGUGCGACUAACCCCCUGGGCCCACUUUAUCGGUAGAGGUUGCCCCCCCCCUUCUGUUUGAACUGAUUGCAGUUUGUGUGCCACGCGCCAUACGUUCUUGGUGAAGGAUGUGAGCUUCAAGUGUUGGUUUGUUUGGCAAUAUAGAACUUAAAACUAGCAUGAAGGAUUUCAGACCCAGUUCAUGUUGGGC